GGGCCGGACCGGGCGGGCCCCGGAUCCGCUUCCCGUUUCCAAAAUAACCCUGGGUGCUGCUCGGCUCGUGCGAAGGUUCGGCAGCGCCGGAAUUCUGCAGCAGGCGGAGGGGAGAGUCAAGAAAAGAAGAGAAACGAGGAGAUGAGCAGGAGCGCGUUCAAUGCGUUCAAGGCGCAGGUUCCGAUCGAGUGGAGCCCGCGGCUGUACAUCACGCUGGUGCGUGGUCUCCCGGGUACCCGCCGCCUCCACCGCCGCACCCUCGAGGCCAUGCGCCUCCGUCGCUGCAACCGCACCGUCGUCCAUCGCACCACCCCUUCCCUCCUCGGCAUGCUCAACCAGGUCAAGAGGUUGGUGGUGGUGGAGACGGAGGCGAUGCACAAUGCCCGAAAACAGCAGGAGGAGAAGCACCGAGCUCUCCGCCCUCCCAUUGUUGUCAACCAUAUGGUCCAUAUCCUUCCUCCUCCUCCUGCGGCUGAGACUGCUCAGUAGCUGCUCCUUCAAGACCUUUCCAGUCAUGAUAUUUAGUCAUGGGUUGGCAGUGAUGCAUUUAAGUCGACACAUCCUGUCUCGGUGGAUGGGGUUCUUGUGUUCUUUCAUCCAGAGUAACUUUACUAGUACUCAUGCCCUUACCAAAUUCGGAUGUAGAUGUAGCAAGCUUUAUUAUGUUCCUUCAUCUGUGAAAAUGUGGAGCAAACUCAUUAUGAUCACAAUAAUGUGAACUCUUGGAGAAUUCAACUUGCAGUCUAGGCCCAUGACUCGCUGAUUGAUGUUUUGCAAAAGCUGGUUCUAGACAUAUGGCUUGUGUAUGAAUUUUGAUUGGGUCAUGCACCCUAAGAUAAAACUCGUAUUGUUGCAACAACAUAUGAAUAAAUUACAAAACUUUUGUGA